UUUUUCUUUUUUUCUUUUUCUUUUUUUAUUCCAGCCAACAAUGACUCUGAGUGAUGGUCGUCGUCGUGGUCAUCAGCAGCAGCAGCAGCAGGGCAGUGGCGGUGCAUUGCGUUUGGCGCUCGUUGUUGUCGCUGUGGCAAUGCUCCAGGUCCAGGUCGCCCGCGCCGACGACACGCUCAACAAGCUCAGCGACAAGGUCUACCAGAGCAUCCCGCUGCUCGACUUUUGCGCCAUGCUGCUCGACAGCGACGGCGAGGUCGGAUGCGCAAGCAGCUUGUCGGGAAACGUCGGUGUCUUGUACAGCAUUCAGUCCGACGCCGAUUUGAGCUUCUUCAUCCACUCUGCGGAACGAUCACCCUACUCGGUUGUCACAACUCCCGCGUACUUUAACCUAUCCAUCAUUGAACAGCUCGAAGCGACCGGCAAAAUGAAUGGUCUGAUCAUUCUGUCAGACGCAACGCGCCCGACGCAGUCCUCGCAUGCUCCCAAGUGCCCCAACUGCAAGCAUGGACUCUAUGCCAACACGGACGCUGCGAAUUACGCCUGGAAUCCCGAGGGCAGCGGGCUGACCCAUCGUCGAUUCCAGUACCCGAUCUACUGGCUUGGCUCGACGAGCGCCGAGACGAUUCGCAAUCGAGCCCUGAGCAAUGCACCCAAGAGCGGCGUCGAGCCGGAUUAUCCGCUCUGGGCUGUCGAAAUGAACUCGUUCAUGUACGCUGGCGGCGAUUCCAACAUCUGCCUCCGUCGUGGCAGCACAUGGUGCGAGCCACUUGGAAGCCAGAGCAUCUGGGGCUCUACUCGUCCCAUCCGCAGCGGCGACACAUACGUUCUGGCCACCGCGGCAAUCGACGCCUUGUCUCUCUUCCACAAACAAUCCUUUGGCGCUGAAGCGGAUGCUGCAGCUGUUGUCGCUUUGUUAGCUGCUGCUGAUGCAUUGGCCAAGGAACCCACGACAAUCACUCUCCCCCACAACAUCAUGUUCAUGCUGCUGAAUGGCGAAAAGUUCGAUUACACUGGCUCAAGCGCCAUCGCCAACCAAAUCGCUACUGGCAACUUCCCUUCCGCCAGCAAAGCUUUCGGCUUUGACGACAUUAAGGCGGUGUUGGACGUCGAACAGAUCGGCCUGCUCGACUCGGCUACCGGCCCCAUUUACUUGCACAUUGACAGCAACUCGACAGACCCUGUUGCUGUGGCCAACGUUGCAAGCAUUGUCAACGCCCAAGUCACCGCGACAGCUGGCUUUGCUGCCAACAUUAUCAACAACACCGCCACUGGUCUUCCGCCAGCCUCGCUGCAAGCCUUUUUGAAGGAGUCGCGUGGCAUUCCUGGUGUGGUUGUGACUGAUCACGGUCUGACCUUCAACAACAAGCUGUAUGGCACGCCAUUUGACGACGCGACCUUGGUGAACGCCUCCGAUGCCGCAACGGUGAACAACAUUUGCAAUGUCGCACUUGCCAUUGCCAAUUCUCUCUAUGCGCUGGCUUCCGACAACUCUGGCAGCGUGCCCGCCAUGACCGUGAACUGCACAUUCGUUCAGUCACUCCUCACGUGUCUGACUGUGAAUGAAAAGUGUGCCUUGUUCCAGCAGACUGGCAAUAACUUGCCAUCCAAUCUGCCCUCUCGUUACGUGAGCGUCUUCCGCACAAACACCAUUUUCGCCUUCAUCUAUGCUCUUCGCGACGUGUUGGCCGUCGCUGUCGCAUCCGACAGCCAGCCCUCCUUGUCGCAAAAAGCUUGCAAUAAUGCCAAGUUGACGUACAUUGCUCCGGGCCUCUGCCUGAACACGACUGUCGCGUUUAUUGAUGCGCUUUCGCCUGGCUUUGAUUUUGACAACUUUGCCAUCAAGAACCAGCGAUGGAAUUUGUGGGCAGAGUCCGUGUGGGGAUCCGACCCGAGCAUGAACCUCUUCCUGCGUGCGAGCUACUCAAGUGAGGUUGUGAUUAUUGUUGUCGGCUUUAUCAUCUUGGGCAUCAGUAUUGCCGUGGUUUGGCCGGUGCGACAACUCAUUCAUAAAAAGUAUGAGUGAAGCGUCAGUCUGCUUCUAGAAGCGUUUUGAAAUACACUUAGUUCAAACUGAUACGAAAUACAGCUCAAUGUGAAGGCGC